UAAGUCAUUAUUGUUAGUAAACGGUAUAUUAUCCACGAUUGAAUCUCUUCCAAUAACUUGAAUUACUGGGAUCAACUAGUGAUUAACAAUUAUUUUUUAAAAAAUAAUGGGCCUUAAAUAUAACCAAACAAAACUACUGAAUCAUAUAUAAUAAUAAAAAAAAACACUACUGCAUUAUAUUGCCAGAAUUUCCAUAAACGGAAUAAGAUAAUGGCGUGGUCGGUCUGUCCUCUUCAAUAUGCUCCCUCCCAAUGUUUCCAAAACUACUAAACAAGUGACUCCCCGAUCACUUUCUGGUGACGCCGACCGACCAUUCGGCCACCGCCGGUUUUGGUUUGUUUAAGUUUUUAGUAAUUAAGGUUAAUUAUCGAUCCAUUAUCAUAUGGUUAAUUAUUAACGGCGUCCAUAUCAAUGCAAAAAAUGACAAAAAAAAAUAAUUAUUAUGGCGUCUAUACUAUAUCUAAAUGAGCUCACGCCGUGCACAAAUAUCGUCCACCACUUCGUGACGGCCGGACCCGCCAUAUUAAUUGUUCCUGUGGACUAGCUAGAUUUUGCUAUCUCUCCAUCAGGCCAGACAGAGGCAGCUGCCAAAUUGGAGACCGACAUUCGAAGAAGGGUUUUAACUACAUUCAUUGUUCAUCAAACUGAUUGGGGUCGACAAGGAGUGGAUUAGUUGACUUGUCCAAUCCCGGUUUCACUUAUGCUUAGUUCGAAUCGAAUUCGUUACUCGUUUCAAUGUCAAUUGAAACUACCCGAAAUUAUCUUGUUUGGAAUGAAUAUGUAUAGGUCCGAUGGAGAGAAAACCUAAAGGUAGUACCAUAAAAGGCCGAUAACGGAGACUAUAAAAGAUGUAGAUCGAUACAUGCAACAUAAAGUUUGCUGGCAAGCUUAGCAACAAAGAACACUCCCUUGUUAUAACAAACUCUAUAAAUAGAACUUGAUCGUUGCUCUAUGACAAGCUCAUUUUCCUCAAACUCUCUCAUGCACACACACAUUUAAGUUCUGGAGAGGGUCGACCAAUACGAAAAUACCCACCUUUAGUGAAUGAAAGAAAUUGAAAAUCACCUAUGCAUUCCACACCCAUGACUUGAUGCAAAUAUCCAAGAGUAUAAGAUAGGCCUGAUCGAUCCCUAUUUUCUCGUAUGGGUUUCGUGAAUUCAACGCCUGACAACAAUCAUCAAUGUCUUACUCCUACCCCCAACAAAUGCCAUCAAUCGAACACAUAAGUAAGGAGAAUUAAUAUUUUUGUCAAUAAACUCUCACACCUUUAUAAUGAAAUUAUUAUUCGUUGGACAUAAAGGACUUUAAACUUUCAUCGAAGGUUAGCUAGGGUUUCUGUUGCUACCACUUGAAGUUAGAGUAUCCGCCAUCGUUUUAUUGACAAUGGUUUCUCCUAUCCAUAAAUUAACUAAUACACAUCGUAUUAGCAAUUGUCACGUAAAUCUUUCGAAUCUUUACUAUUUACAUUUUUCGAUUUUCCGAUUUUGUCUCAUGUAAGUUGUAGAUGCAUGCAUAUUCAUUUUUUUCUGCUGGCCAAAAAUAUAUUAAAUAAUUCCCAACUUGUCGAAGAACCAGCAAUAUAAUAUGCACACAUGCCCAUUUUUAAUCGAUUUUGUAUUGAUAUCAUAUCAUUUUACAGGUUUGUCAAUGCGCUGUGUACUUUCGUCGGUUGGCUGCUUUGAGGUGAAACCAAACCGUUCUGAAGUUAUUAUACCAGACUGCUAUGAUAUAUGAUUCGUAUGGAGAAACAGGACAAGUUCCUAUAAUGGAUUAUAUUUCAUGUGUGGCUGUCAGUCUGUCACUAAUUUCCUCUUGGAAAGUGAAGAAAUUAACAAUCUAGAAUAUGUAUGGCAUCAUAAAGGAAGAAUAUUGUAAGAUGGCUCUAGCUAUAAGAAUUUUUUUUUUUUUAUAUUUACAAUGUAACACCUUAGAUCUCUUUCGAUAAUGUAUCAUCUUAGGCACAUUUCGCUUCGAAGGAUUUCCUUCUAACGAAAAAAAGAAACAAAAAAUGAUUGUACGAGAACUUUGUAUAUUUUACUGCUGUAAUGUAAGAGCCAAACCAUGCAAUGAAUCAGAAAUGAGAAUGCUCCUUGGUCGCACCAUCAACAAGUCAAAAUCUGUUAUAAACGCGCUGCUGCGGAUCGGGAAAUCGCCGGAAUCGAUAAAGCAAGAAUACGAAAGCGAGAAUCGAAAAACACAGACACACGAUUUACGUGGAUCACUAACACGAUGUGUGUUAGCUACGUCCACGGGCGAGAGAGAGCCAGUUUCACUAUAUCGAGGGGAUUACAGAUUACAGAGGAGUAUGAGAAGUAUUUAUAGUACUUCUCCAUGUGGGUCUAAACCUAAUCCAAUAUGGCAAAGGAAACGGUUACAGACCAGGCCCAAAACCCGAACCCAAAUAACAUUGAGCCCAUACACCGUGGGCCGGGAGCGUUGCCCCCGCACCCCACCGGGGCAUUGCCCCUGGACCCCACUCACUGACCGAGCAGCGAGACCCCCCGACUACCAGUCGUAGCGGCUGAUAGUCCGAUUCAAGUCACAUCAACAAAACCCUUUGGCCAAUUUCUUGAAAUGGAGUCGGCAAACAGUACUCUCCACCGCAUGAAAACGGCAUUAUAUAUAAUCUGCCGAAAGAUGGCCGACACACACACUCAAACACACACGUUUCUAUGGUUUUCAACCACCAUUUUCCAUCAUUCGAAGUACCUUUUUUUGUGCGUUGAGGAUAAAGCUGUGGCUCUGAAUUACUAGAUGAAGCCUAGAGAUGAUGAUCAAAAUAAUAUCGCAAAAAAUUAAUGGCGAUCGACAGUCGACCCACCAUGUUUCUCAUCAGUAUGGCCAAGCGCUUACUACAUAUGUAUCAUCAUCGUCACAUGCCGUGCUGCAGUGAUCGAAUUUGUGUAUUAUGUGGUGUCUUGUCUUGGGCCUCGCUGAGCCUGACAAGGAGUUAGGAAAGCUCCCGGAACUGUUCAAACGUAACGGCUCCAUUCUUCAGUAUGGGUCUCUUGAGAUGGUUUCAGAUCAGUCUUUGAUCGAGAGGUCUUCAAUUCAAAUUCUGGUGCCCUCAAUUUGUACAUCACAUGAUGUUCCGGACUUGUGUAAACGUCAAGCCCAUAAGAGUGGUUUUCGCUCGAGGAGGGACGUGUUAGUAUGUUGUAUAAGAUUCGUUAUUGAACCUGAUCUCCCAACAACUGGAGUUAUUGGUGCCAACUAAUUCAUGACAUGGUAUCAGAGUCUUCCGUGACCAAAAUGACUUUUGUUCAAAUCAUGCUGACCUCAUUUGUUAACCACGUGGUAUUCCAAAACCCCGUGCAAAUUUCAAACCUAUAUGAGCGGCUUUAGUUUGAGGAGGCGUGUGUCGUAUGAUUAUGAAUCACAUCUCAAAACACCGGUUCAAUUUUUAAGGUUGCACAUUGAGAUUAAUCAUCUUUUAAGGUUGCACAUUGAGUAACUCGUAAAAGCCUUUUAAUAUUGUCAAGUUUAGAAUUUUCUAUCUCUCAAUUUCAAUAACGGUCUUAUAAAAGGGUUUUCAUUCGUAUUUAUCAGUUGUCUUCUUGGAAUCUUGGCAGAUAUCUUCGAGAGAAAAAAAUUUACUAACAUAAUUGAAGAUAACGACUCUCUAAUUAGAACAAUAUUAUAGCCUGAACUUAGACCUAAUACACACAAAAUACAGCAUCAAACACGUACGUACCCUCCAAACGGCAAGUCGGCAAGUGUAUCUGGUCAAACACACUUUGAUUUUGAUAUGUACGUAGCAGAAGUGAUAAAUGGACAUGUAUUUGUAGAAUCCAAUGUAUGGCACGACUUGUAGAAUUCAAUGUAUGGCACGACUUGUACAAAACACUGUAGCAAUAAUAGUUAAAGCUUCCAACUACAUUAUUGCACCAGAACAUUUAGUAAUAGUACUAUGAUCAUGGCCUGUUUACUGAAUGUUAGAUCUAAAUUUUAUGGGCACGGACACAAGUACGGGUACGACACGGUAUGUAAAUGGGGCGUAUUGGGUCUAAUAUUUUCAAGACCAUGACAUGAAAAGAAUAUUUAUUUGAUUGAAAAUAGAUAUAAAAAUGAUUAUAGGUCCACAUCUUAAAAAAUACAAGUACAAUAAAAAUUAUUUACUGUUGUUAGUAGUGAUCAGAAAUAUACAUAUGUAAUUACUACCAUAAGUACAAAUAGACGAAGUAUUAAAUAAAGUCAAAUCACACCCACUAUACUUCCAAUUUUCUUUCCACCCUUAUUUAUUACAUUUCUUAAACGUUCUCGGUUAAUACAUUCAUUCUCCGUCCAAUUUGUUCCUUCUUGUUCAUUCCCUCUUUUAUUUUCUUCCUUUCUUUUAAACACGAAUAUAAGCACGACGCGAAUAAGAAUAAGCACGACACGAUUCAAACUGUCCCCGACUGGGCUGGGCCCAGCAAAAUUCACAAAUGGACUGACACGGCACGACAUGAAAACUGACAGGCCGUGCCAAGCGCAGCAAGAAAUAAACGAACUCGUAGCAUGCCCGUGCCGACCCAAGCACAGCCUUGUGACCAUGUACGCUAUCAGAAACCAAACCAUUCACAGGCCGACAGAGGAACUAACCCGAUAUAGAGGAAUUGAUUUACUGCUACUCUUGGGCCUCGGCCCAAAACGCUGAGGAAUUUUACAAAACACACAAAAUUUCGAUAGCAGAUAAAAAAAGGAAAAUAAAACCGAAGCACCGCGCAGGAGGACGACGGAGGAGAGAAAGGCGCCUUUGUUAAACCCUUUAGAAAACCUCAGCCGCCAUAGCUGCCUCGACCAGAGCAGAGAAGCAGGAAGCAAAAACUAAGCGGCGUUGGACAUGGUGAAAUCGUACCUGAGGUACGAGCCUCGGGCUUCAUUCGGUGUGAUAGCUUCAGUCGAAUCGAACAUAGCCUUCGACAGCUCCGGAAAGCACCUGCUAGCUCCGGCGCUCGAGAAGGUCGGAGUUUGGCAUGUCCGGCAAGGCAUCUGCACUAGGACGCUAGAGCCUUCGACGGCUUCUCAUAGCGGGCCUUCUCUCGCCGUCACUUCCAUAGCCUCUUCCUUGUCUUCGCCUCUGGUAGCAAGUGGUUAUGCCGACGGUAGUAUUAGGAUUUGGGACAGUGACAAGGGAACCUGCGAGACUACAUUGAAUGGCCACAAAGGUGCGGUUACUGCUCUACGGUUCAACAAAACUGGUGCUCAGCUUGCAUCUGGAAGUAAAGAUAAUGAUGUUAUAUUGUGGGAUGUGGUUGGGGAGACUGGCCUCUUUCGCCUUCGAGGACAUCGUGACCAGGUUACUGACCUUGUGUUUUUGGAGUCUGGGAAGAAACUUGUGACUUCAUCCAAGGACAAGUUUUUGAGAGUGUGGGAUCUGGAAACACAGCAUUGCGUGCAAAUUAUCAGUGGGCAUCACAGUGAGGUUUGGUCGAUUGAUGUCGAUCCCGAAGAAAGAUACUUGGUUAGUGGUUCUGCAGACCCUGAACUUCGGUUUUACACAAUUAAGGACGAUACAGAAGGGAAAAAGGAUGUGGGCAAUGAAAAUGGGGAUGUCAACAAAUGGGAAGUUGUGAAAUUUCUUGGUGAGAUCCAGAGGCAAACAAAAGAUAGGGUAGGAACUGUGAGGUUCAAUGUGUCGGGUAAUUUGCUUGCUUGCCAGUCAGCUGGGAAGAUAGUGGAGAUAUUCAAUGUUCUUGAUGAGGUUGAAGCAAAGCGCAAGGCUAAACGCCGGCUUCAUAGGAAGAAGGAGAAGAAGUCUUCGAAAGGAGCAGUUGAGGUUACUGAAAAUGCUAAAGAGCCUGCUACAGAAGAAGAUGGGAGUGGUAGUCUGAUUAUUGUAACUGAUAUCUUUAAGCUUCUACAAACCAUUCGAGCUGGCAAAAAAGUGUGCUCCAUUUCAUUCAGCCCAGUUACACCUAAGAACUCAUUGGCUACAUUGGCAUUGUCAUUGAAUAAUAACUUAUUGGAGUUUUAUUCCAUUGAAAAUGAUGCAAACAAAAAGAAUCUAGCUAUUGAACUCCAUGGGCAUCGGUCUGAUGUCAGGAGUCUUACACUCAGUUCAGACAACAGUCUUUUGCUGUCCACUAGUCACAAUGCAGUGAAGAUUUGGAAUCCAAGCACUGGUUCUUGUCUUCGAACUAUUGACUCUGGAUAUGGACUUUGUGGAUUAUUUGUUCCACAUAAUAGGUAUGCACUUGUCGGGACGAAAGGUGGAACUGUUGAAAUCAUUGAUAUCGGAAGUGCCACUAGAAUUGAGGAAGUGGAAGCUCACGGUGGUGCCAUUCGGUCCAUUACUGCGAUUCCGGAUGAAAAUGGGUUUGUCACAGGCAGUGCAGAUCAUGAUGUUAAGUUCUGGGAGUAUCAAAUCAAACAGAAACCUGGUCAGGAUUCUAAGCAGCUCACAGUAUCAAAUGUAAGGUCUUUGAAGAUGAACGAUGAUGUUCUAGUGGUUGCAAUUAGCCCUGAUGCUAAAUACAUUGCAGUUGCUCUGUUGGAUUGCACAGUGAAGGUUUUCUUCAUGGAUUCACUUAAACUUUUUCUCACACUAUAUGGUCACAAGCUGCCCGUAAUGUGCAUGGAUAUCUCAUCAGAUGGAGACUUAAUUGUCACUGGCUCAGCUGACAAGAACUUGAAGAUUUGGGGUUUGGACUUUGGCGACUGUCACAAAUCUCUCUUUGCUCAUGCUGAUAGUGUUAUGGCAGUGCAAUUCGUACGAAAUACCCACUAUAUGUUCAGUGCUGGAAAAGAUCGACUUGUAAAGUACUGGGAUGCGGACAAGUUUGAGCUGCUCUUAACUCUGGAGGGCCAUCAUGCUGAUAUUUGGUGCCUUGCAAUUGGUAGCCGUGGUGACUUUGUUGUCACGGGGUCUCAUGACCGAUCUAUACGUAGGUGGGAUCGCACUGAGGAGCCAUUCUUCAUUGAGGAAGAAAAGGAGAAGAGAUUGGAAGACAUGUUUGAAGCUGAUCUGGAGAAUCCAUUUGAAAACAGAUUUGCACCGAAAGAAGAGAUCCCAGAAGAGGGAGCUGUUGCGUUGGCAGGGAAGAAAACUCAAGAAACUCUUACAGCCACCGACUUGAUUGUUGAUGCCCUAGAUGUAGCGGAUAUGGAGUUGAAGCGAAUCACUGAACAUGAAGAGGAGAGGAGCAGGGGACAAGUAACUCGCUUCCAGCCAAACCCUACUAUGAACGGGCUGCCGCCUUCUGAUUAUGUUCUUGAUGCACUCUCAAAAGUUCAGGCAAAUGAUUUGGAGCAGACACUCCUGGCUUUACCCUUCUCAGAUGUUUUGAAGCUCUUGUCCUAUCUGAAGGACUGGGCAUCGAUCCCUGACAAGGUUGAGCUUGUCUGUAGAGUUGCUACAGUGCUGUUGCAGAUUAACUAUCACCAGUUAGUCAGCACUCCUGCUUCCAGGCCGGUUUUGACUGCUCUCAAGGAUGAACUCCAUUCAAGAGUCAAGGAAUGCAAGGAUACUCUCGGUUUCAAUCUGGCAGCAAUGGACCAUCUGAAGCAAUUAAUGGCCUCAAGAUCAGAUGCACUCUUCCAAGAUGCUAAGGCAAAGCUUCAGGAAAUCCGUUCACAGCAAUCAAAACGUUUGGAAGCCAGAGCAGAUACGAAAGAAGAGAAACGAAAAAAGAAGAAACAGAAGAAAUAGACAGUAAGUCUCCCAAGUUCCAAAACCGUGGUAUCGCUAUACCUUCCUAGUCAAGGGUUUCACCUGCAGCUGCUAACAAACCAAGUUACCCUUCAUAAACAGCUCGAUCGAUUGAUGUUCGACUUGACAGAAACACGUGCAUGAACAGCGCAACUCAAUCGACUCUCUGGUACCGGGUCUGCAAGUUGCAAAUGCAGGGGAGGAAUUUUCAACGUUGU